AUGGGGGUUCUGGAAGAAUUGGAUGUACUCAAAAAGAAACCCAGUGCACAACCAGAGGAAGUUCUUUCCAUUGAGAAACUGAUUGCUGAGGCAUAUUCUGUCAUUGAUAAAGCAGUGAAAGUGGGAACUCUUCACAGGAACACUGGAGCACGGAGGAAGUCCCGGCUUGCAAGAAGAAAGAAAGCUGUCGAAAUACACCAUGGCUGGCUUGCGUACAUCAUGACUACCUCAACAGCAAUAACGGUUACUCUUGCUGGCACAACUGCUACAGAACCGAAGCAAAUUACAGAGGAAAGACAUGUCCCACAAGAGAGAAAGCCAAAACGUGGCAUCAUGGGCAGUGCCAACAAGAGGAUGGGUCAACAUCAACUGAGUUCCAUGCCAGCUGCCAAGGCACAACGAAACGGGCCUUUGGAGUUGUAG